CACGUGACGUUUUCAACAACGGAACUAUUUGUUGGAACUAUUGUAGCGCUCCUUGGUGACAUUUCACAAAUAGAUGUCAGGCGUUUGGACAAACACCACACGAGUACGUCCGUGUGCUGAAUAUGUCACUCAUGUAAAUAAGUCUUCACUAACCGCGCUGACCGGGCGCGGUUGCUAGGCGACACUUAAGCUAGUUAGCGGUUAGCUGCUAACGACUUCUUUGGCGACAUUUUGUUGCACUUUCUUUUCUUUCGCCCUAACAAACAAACCAGCCGAGUGCCACAACCGGUUUCCACGCCCGUGACGGGCUGGGGCGGCGGGUGACUCCCGUCCACACGCACGCCGCGCUCCGCGUUUUGUCGCGGGGAGGGAGUGCGUGUCGUCGGUGGGCGGCCACGAGCGGUGCGUGAUUCACAAACCUUAUUUGUUCCUACUACUUUGGGCGCCAUCUUGUUUGUAACUCCCCUACGUAACUGGUAGAGUUUCUGCCGAGGGGGUGUCCGAUUACCCCCUUUUCCAUCUUUAGACUGGGGACCUCUCCCUGUGCCGCCCGGGCGAGGAUCGCGUUUUGCUCUUUGGCCUUUUCCUCUUUCAAAGAAAAUUCACUCAGUCCGGUUUCCCCCCCCAACUGGACAGAAAUGAGCAUCGAAACGCUCUUGGAGGCAGCCAAGUUUUUGGAAUUGCAAGCCCAGCAACAACAGAAAGCACGUGAGGAUGAACUAAAGGAAAAGCUUCACUUGGAGCAGUUGAAGGUGCAGCGGAACUCUGACGUGAACUAUAACUCAACCAUCCACAUCAACAAUGUUUCUAAAGCAGAGGAGCGCCGCGCUGAGUGCCACCCAGCCCCCAUACCGCCCUCUCUGCCUCCCCCCUCCAUGCCUAUUACUGUCAUCCCCAUCCCCGUGGUCACCUCCAGCCCCAUGGGCUCUCCCACUCUGCCUGUUGCCACGCUCUCCCCCCCAGCUGCUCCUCCACUGGCCUCCCCAAGGAGAGACCCUCACUCCCCCAAGGAGGAAAGUGCUGCUGCCCCGCCGAGCUCUUCGCAGCCCAAAACUGUCCAUUCGCCCUCUGUACUGAUCGCCAGCCACAAGCAGCCAACACAAAACCACCACCAGCCGCAGUUCAUUGCCCAAACCAAUAAUACUAAACUACAGCAGCAGACACACCAGCAGCUGGUCCAACGCUAUCCUGGCUCCAUCGUGUCACCCACACAGCAACACGCCUUACUGCCACACCUGGGCCCUGUGCUCCAACAGGUUCCUUUACAAAAUGGCUCCAUCAGCCGGGGGAGUCCUCCCGACGACAGCCGCCAGCUGGACAAGAAGAGGCCUGGAGGGGCAGGCACAAGAGAAGUGCACAACAAGCUUGAGAAAAACAGACGAGCACACCUGAAGGAGUGCUUCGAGACCCUGAAAAAGAACAUCCCCAACAUCGACGAGAAGAAGACGUCCAAUCUGAGUGUGCUGAGAAGUGCACUGAGAUACAUUCAGACGUUGAAGCGGAAAGAGAAGGAGUACGAACAUGACAUGGAGCGUCUGGCCAGAGAGAAGAUCGCCACGCAGCAGCGAUUAGCAGAGCUGAAGAACGAUCUGAGCCAGUGGAUGGAUGUGAUUGAGAUUGACCGCGUCCUCAGACAGACGGUGCAGCCUGAAGAGGACCAGGCUUCGACCUCGACUGCCUCAGAGGGUGAAGACGUUAUGGACGAUGACCUGGAUGAGGAGACCGCACCCAGAGCACAGACUGCCUUACCCACCGUGCCUCACACCAUGAAACCUGAGCUCCAGAAGAGUGCAGCACACACUCAGACCCCAACUCUGACACCUGCCACCACCACUACAUCCUUCAUUACCCAACACAUCUCCAUACAGCACAAAGCCCAUCUGCACCAGCCUCAGCCGGUGACAGUCAAUGCUCCCCAGCCGGUGCCCAAGCCUGCACCUCCACCUACGCUCACAGCCACAGCGUCCAUCACUCCCAGUCAGCCCUUGAUCCCCACCCAGACACACAUGGUCACCACAUCCAGCCUACACCCCACAGUUAUCGCCCACGCAUCAGUGUCCCAUCCCUCAGUCAUCCAAGCGGUCAACCAUGUCAUCCAUGGAGGGGGUCCCAAACACAUUGCCCACCUGGCUCCCGCUGCCACUAGCUCUGUCCAGUUAGCCCCCGGCCACCAGCCUAUUGGCCACAUUACUGUGCACCCGGUGGCACAUCUCAGCCAGCAUCUACCUGCCCUCUAUCCCCAACCGGUGGCUGUAACUCAAUCGGCCGUGGUCGGCCACAUCACCCACACAUUCAACCACGCCCAUCCACAGGUGAACGGCACCACACCUAGCCAGCCGGCUGCCACCAUCAUUGGCAAGCAGACAGCAGUGAGCACCCAAAUAGUAGCCCACCACCCACAGCUGGUUGGUCAAACAGUGCUUAACCCUGUGACAAUGGUGACCAUGCCCUCCUUCCCAAUCAGCACUCUGAAGCUGGCCUGAACACUCCCAACAGGACCAACAGGCUGCAGAGAUGACCCCACUACAGGGGACAACCACAGGCCUUGGACCAGGCUGUCGACAAGCCCACGUGACGGCAGGAGGAGCUGAACACCUCGCUGAUCCACAGAGAAACUACAGCACACGAAGCAUUACAGUUGUUUAUAAGCAACCAGGAACAUUCCUAAAACAAGUACAACCCCUUCAGUACCAUCAGUGUCUGGAAUCUUGUUCCUUAAAUUUGGGUUUUGCCAGGCUGCAUGUGAUUUGACGGUCAUCGCGUUGAGUGCUCGUGGUUAUACACUGGGCAGAUUUGCAGUUUUUGACUGUCACCCGUCAUUUGCUCUUACAGAUGGAGGAGCAGCAGUAAGUUUUACAAAAGCACCUCCACAUAGGGAGAAUGCUCUGUCAGUACAGCGUCCAUAACAGCAUCGUGUGACAGUGUCUCUGUAGGCCGGUGGCUAGACUCCCUCUUCUCACUUCAGCUGCAGUGGAUUAACCAAUAGCAGAUCAUGUAGUGGAGAGGCUGCGUUGGGGUUUGAGGGCGGAGACUGUGUAAAGUCAGAGUGCUGGACCAGCCUUAGCCCAUACAUUGGGAAUGUAAUUUGGAGGAGCUCCUCCUCUCGAGCAGAGGCACAUGCUGCAGGGCUGGAGCUAAAUCAUGGCCUGAACUAAACCUGCACCGGCGCUUCAGCCCUCAAUGACGACACCUACAGCAACAGCUCCACCUGCUGGCUGUGUGGGUUUAUUUAAUACUGCCAUUCCAGUGUAUAGGUGGCAAAGAAGAAAAUCCCAUUCAUUUAUUAUUCAAAUAAUUGUCACUUAAAGUAAAGAACAUGCAGUUUUAUCAGGGUUUGGCUUUUUUAGUGUUGGAAUUUAAGGACAAUCAACUUGUCACUGAUUUCUUAUAUUCGUCCUUCAAGAUAUACAAAUAUUCGUUUUAGGAUAAAGUUUUUUUGUCACAGCUGUUAAUGUUUUAAAAACACUUUUGCCAAAUAGGAUCCGUUUCUACAUCUACAUGACCCAUUUAUUUGAAUGUCACAACAAACAGCGGUGUCUUUAAUACUUAAUGCGUCGGAGAUAAAAACCAAGUCCAAGUUGAGUUCUGAGAGAUUUUGAAUGUGAAAACCUAAAAUAAAAGCUCCAAAAACAUAGUGAAGUGGGUUCCUAUGCCAUCUUGUCGGCCAAACGGUGAUAGAAUGUGUGUCUGCAUGCUGUGAAUGCAUGUCAUGGCUUAGUUUAUGUAGUGAUUACAUUGCAAAAUGAUUGCAGCAGCUGAUGUAAAUCCAAUCAUCCCCCCCCCCCCCAAUACCAAUCCCCUUUGAGAGCUAGCACUGUGAAAUUAAUUUCUCAGUCUCAACGAGCAGCAUAACCCACAGUUUAGCAUAGCACUUGCUAGAACAGUAACUUGGUGUGCUGUCCUCAUUUAGUCUGAAUGUACUGAUCUGCAAGAGGAUACUGAGAAGCGCACUCACCUGAAGUUUAUACUUUUUGUCUGUUUUUAAUUAAAUAAAUUGUGAGUACUUUAUUAAAGUAUCAUGUGUAUGUAAAGUGUAACAUUUAAAACUGAUUUUGUAUUUUCAAGAUUUAAUGUUUCUUGUUUCAUCUAGAGCAUAACGUCUUCUGUUCAGUGUAAAUUUUAUAAUAUAGUUGUUUUUUUCUGGGACCAUGUACAGUGAUGUAUAUCAGGGCAGACCUCCCACAUUGAUACCACAUUCGGCCACUUUGGAAAGUAUUCACCCUUUAAUUUUUUUGUGUUUUGUUCUGAUGCAAUAUGAUUAUAGCAAGGGUGAAUUUCUUCAAAGUUCUUUGUCUACAAAAGAGCAACCCUGUUUUCACGUUCAGAUUUUAUGCAAAUGAUUCUGGACAAAUGCAUUUUAAAAUCGUAUUGUAGCAAAACAAAAUGUGUCAAAGUUGUCAGGGAUUCAGAUACUUGAAGAAGCAACAAUAUACCUGUCUUUUCCCUAUGGAGAAAGUUUAAGUUGUAUAUAGCCUGUAAAUGUUGGGCUGCAUCUCGAUCUAACUGUAUUAUGUAAAAAGCUGGGGAAAAUAUCAAAUAAAAAAUUUAUUAAAAAUAUACUUAAUAAAAUGUAUUACGUUUAAUAAAUGUCUGAAGACACA